AUGUACGGACGACAGGAUGGGCUCUUUGAAAUGUACUCGUAUUCCCUUCGUCCGGCGGCUCGCCGCCUUCUGUUGUCUUCCUCAGUACCCUUUCUUGCGAAGCCACGAUCGAUUGCCACUGUUACUCCUUCGGCGUUGCGAUUGACCCGCCCGUCUCCCCGGCUUGCGUUUCAGCGGCGAUGGAACAGUGACGCGGUUCAGAAGGAACCCACUCCUGAGAAGUCUGAGAAGGAAUCCGCCCAGGAGAAGACUGAGGAGGAACCUACACAGGAAAAGACUGAGAAGGAGGAUAUCCCAGCGUCUGCGGACCAGUCGAAUUCCCGGACAGUCGAGUCUGCUGCCGAAGCUGCCACGGAACAGCCUUCGCAAACAACCGUAAAUGAAGUUACGAAGAGCACCGAAACUGCAACUGAACAGGCUUCCCCAGCAAACACAAAUGAAACCGCAGAGAAGGCGGAAGUUGCAGCUGCAUCCGGCGUCGAAUCCACGUCGGAACCAGGAACGCAACCCGCCGUCGCCAAAGGAGACAAUUUAUGUUGGAAACCUCUUUUUGAUGUGACGGCCGAGGAUCUGAAACGCCAAAUGAGCAAGUAUGGAGUUGUGGAGUCCGCUAAGAUCAUUCAUGAUAGCCGCGGUUUGAGCAAGGGGUUCGGCUAUGUCGCGUUUGACUCCGUCCAAGCCGCUAAGCGUGCGAUUGAUGGAAUGCACAUGCAGAUUUUCGAAGGGCGCCGGGUGGUCGUGCAGUUCGCGCAGGCGAAUCUCAAAAUGGGCAGCGUUAGCCCAACGCCUUCCAAGACGCUGUAUAUCGGGAACUUGCCGUGGGAGAUGACGGAUCGAGAUCUCAACGAGCUCUUCAGGGACAUCCGCAACGUCAUUGAUGUGCGGGUGGCCAUCGACCGCAGGACCGGCCAGCCAAGGGGGUUUGCCCACGCGGAUUUUACGGACAUCCCCAGUGCCCAGGCUGCGUACGAAGUGCUCAACCGCAAGGCCCCUUACGGCCGGAAACUGAAUGUGGACUACAGCCACACGAACAAGGGCCGUUCUCGCGAUCUCGAAUAUGGGUCAGAGCAACCAGCCCAGCAGCAACAGCAGAAGCAACCUCAGUAA